AUAAUUACAUUUAUUUUCUUGGAAAUAUAAUUUACAUCGUAUUCACACCUAUAAUUAGAAACUCUGGGACAACGUCUGUCAUUGUGGGUAUUGCCAAUGAUCUGCAGUAGCGGCAAAACAUUCGUCUAACCUUGUUACGCUUUUUGUUUUGCUGCAUGUGGCUACGCCGGAAACUGAGAUUAAUAAUUAUAUCGCGUUUGAAUCAAUUAACAUGAGAUUCAAAACAGACAGUGGGAUCAGUUGGUCCAGCCUAGAACUUAUGGGCCUUGUGGAAGACGAGGAGUCCCGCGUCUAUUUUGAAAAAUUUACAAAGCACCUUGGCUUACACCCAUUCCACUUGACGAACUUAAAUGCCGCGUUGAAUGAAAUUUUAAGCACGAAUCUGAAUUCUUACGAUCCUGACUUGAAAGGAUUUUUAUUAGCUUAUAGAAAUCCGAAAUUACUAACGUCGUUGGGAGAAAUAUUUUACGAUACAUGUUUCAUUCACGUUGAUGUUGAAACAGACUUUUAUGUAUUCAGACCAGAAGUUGGAUGUAAAUUGAAAGGAGUAGUCAACAAAAAGGGAUUAGAUCAUAUAGGAAUUCUUGUACAUAAGGCAUUUAACGUGUCGAUUCCUAAACCGGAUGACGAAGAAGAUUGGCCAGGUGAUAAUGUUGAAAUUGGCCAAGAAGUAAGAUUUACAAUAACACUUCUUGAUUUUAAUAGCAAGUUACCAUUUAUUCGCGGUGUUUUGAAUUCAAAUGAUUAUUUACAUGGCUGUAAAUUAAUGCUAAAAAGCAUUAAUAAUAAAAGAUUAUCUUCUAAGAAUAAUAUUUGCAGUAACAGUAGUAAUAACGUAUCAAAGAAAAAUAUUGAGCAUGCUGGAAAACAUACAUUUUUCACAACUGAUUCUGAAGAUACUGAUGGAGAUAUACCAAAAGUAAAAGAAGAAAUUGAACCCAAAGUAUCGGAGAAAAAGAAAAAAGCCAAAAAACGUGAUAAAGAGUUCAAUAAAAUAAAUGAGUCUAAAACUGAAUCUGAAGUCAAUGUAGAAUCUGAAGUCAAUGUAGAAUCUGAAGUCAAUGUAGAAUCUGAAGUCAAUGUAGAAUCUGAAUAUGAUCAUUAUACGAAUGAUAUUUCCUUAAAUGGUGAAUUAAUGAAUAAUGAAGAAUCAGAAUUGAGUAAUCCGAAAAGUAAAAUUGAAAAGAAAUUUAAAAUUAAAAGUUCUCCAAAUUGGGUAAAUGAAUGCGAUGAAACUUUUGUAGAUAAUUCAUCUAGAAAUUACCUAAAAUCUGAGAAUGAUACUAGUGAAAUUAAAGUUGAAUAUAACAAAAGUGAUAAUGAAAGUAUACUUGAGGAUAAAUCCACGAUAAAGAAAAAGUGUACGAAAAGAAAAAGUGAUGGUACCUCAAAGAGAGAUUCGAAGAAAAUUAAAGUAGAACAAUUUGAUGAUACAUAUGAAUACACAUAUGAUGAUGCGCAAGAGUUACCAACGAAACAAUAUAAGAAAUAUAAAAGACCUUUAAAGUUAGAAACCUCUGAAAGUGAACAGACUACACCAAAGAAGCAUUCAAAAAAAUCUAAUAUUUCAGAUUCUCAAGUUGUGUUUGAAAAUGUAAAAAUUAAAAAAGAACAAUUAACUAGUGGAUCCGAAAUCAGCCAAGACGAGAAUUAUGUAACAAUAAGUAAAACAUUAAAAAAAGAUCCCGACGCAUCUAGUUCUACUUGUGAUACACAAGAUGAAAAUAACACUACCAAAAAGAAACGAAAGAAACAUUCGAAGAACGCUAUUAGAGAUACGAGCACGAUUAAAAUAGAAUUUAAUGAACAUGAAUUUAAAAACUUUGCAAUUAAAGAAGAAAACUUCGGUAAUAAUGAAGAUAUAACUGAAGACAUUCAUUCAAAACAAUGUGUAAACAAUGUAAGUAGUUCACCUAGGAAAAAACAUAAUAUUAGUUCGAAUGAUAGUAUUUAUAAUGAUGAAGUAAAUACAAAUACCACAAAACGUUCGAAAAAGAAAGCAGUAAAUGAAGAUAUAAUAGGUAGUAAAGAGAUAAAAUUGGAGAAAUGUUCAACGACUGAUAAUUCGGACAUUAAUAAUAGUGAUUUUCGAAGUACUGAAAAAAGAAAAAAGCAUAAAAAAAAAUUAUCCACAGAACUAAAUAAAACUAGGAACAUAAAUCAUGAAUCUGAAUUUGAUUUCAGUAAUGUUGAAAUUAAAACCGAGAGGUUUUCAGAUUGGGACACUUAAAAAUAUACAU